CAGUCGUAUUUCGAUGCUAGUAAACUAAACAAUCAACAAGCAGCAGACCGAACCACGUUCAUUUAGAAAAAAAUAUUAUCGCUCUGAUCAGACGCUUGGAGUUUUGUUGGUUUCGUAGGUGACCUUCCUCCAAGUUGUCAAAUAUCAAUCCUACUGCUAGAACUGAGCGUAUCCAGCUCACUCUCCUCACGAAAACGAUACCUGGUAAUCAUUCAUUGAUAACACUAUCUACAACAACAAUGACAAUUAAAAUGUAGCAAUUAGAAAAACAGGGAAUCAUCAGUUCUUCAUUGGCCGUAGCGAAGUAACGACGACGCAAUGGAAGUGGAUCUGUUCACUACGGCGGCCAUCGGCACCAUUAUCCUGCUAAUAUUUUACUACAUAUCGAAAAACUAUGAAUACUUUCUAUCGAAACCGAUACCGUGCGUUAAACCGACGUUGCUGCUGGGCAGUACCGGUCCGAUGAUGUUCCGCAAAAGGGAUUUACCGUCACACAUCCAAAUGCUGUACAAUACCUUCCCGGAUUCGAAGAUAAUAGGCUUCUACGAUCUAAUGAAACCGAUCUUCAUGCUGCGCGACUCGGACUUGAUCAAGAGGAUCUGUGUGAAAGAUUUCGACUUCUUUACGGAUCACACCCCUGCAAUGAUGAACAGCUCACCUGACGGCGAGGUCGGUGGCGAAACGCUGUUCGGCAACUCGUUGUUUGCGUUACGUGGACAGAAGUGGAGAGACAUGCGAUCGACACUGAGUCCGGCGUUCACCGGAAGUAAGAUGCGGCAUAUGUUCGAGCUGGUGGCGGCCUGUGCCCGAUCAAUGGCUGAUUUUUUCCACUCAGAAGCGAAAGCAGGGAAAACUUUGGAGUACGAAAUGAAGGAUAUCUUCUCGCGGUUGGGAAACGAUGUCAUCGGAACGGUCGCUUUUGGAAUUGAGGUGAACUCGCUAAAGGAUCGUGAAAAUGAGUUCUACAUCAAAGGGAAACAGAUGGUAAAUUUUCAAACGUUUACUGCGCUUAUUAAGUUUUUAUUGAUGAGAAGUAUGCCUCGAUUGAUGCAUAAAUUAGGAGUCGAUUUCAUCGAUUCAAAUCUAACGAAUUAUUUUAGGAAAAUGAUCGUCGAUAAUAUAAAACAGAGAGAAGUGCAUGGAAUUGUGCGAAACGAUAUGAUUCAUAUGCUCAUGGAAGUUCGGAAAGGUUCUUUGAAGCAUAUCAAGGAGGAGCAGGGACUGAAUGAUGCGGGAUUUGCCACCGCAGAAGAAUCUAGUGUUGGAAAAACGUCACACACUCGAAUAUGGACCGAGAACGAGUUGAUCGCACAGUGCUUCCUAUUUUUCCUAGCGGGAUUCGACACAGUUUCUACUGCUAUGACCUUUUUGACCUAUGAACUAACCAUUAACCCGGAUAUUCAGAAUCGUCUGUAUGAGGAAAUUUUAGAAACCAAUCAAUCUUUGAACGACACCGCCCUAAGCUACGAAGUCCUCCAAAAUUUAAAAUAUAUGGACAUGGUAGUUUCGGAAUCCCUUCGCAAAUGGCCUCCGAAUGUUAUGUCAGACCGUUUCUGCACCAAGGACUACAAGUACGAUGACGGCACUGGAAUUCGCUUCACCAUCGAGAAAGAUCAAACAAUUUGGAUCCCUACCUUCGCCAUCCAUCACGAUCCAAAGUACUACCCGAAUCCGGAAAAGUUCGAUCCGGAGCGAUUUAACGAAGCAAACCGAUCGAAGAUUGAUCCCGGUGCCUGUGUACCAUUCGGAGUGGGCCCGAGGAAUUGCAUCGCUUCCAGGCUGGCGCUGAUGGAGAUCAAAUUGACCCUGUACUAUCUGCUGAAGGACUUCAGCUUGAAGCCGAACGAGAAGACGCAGAUUCCUUUACAACUGGCGAAAGCUUUCGCGCUAAAGGCGGAGAAUGGCGUGUGGGUGGAACUUAAAUUGAGGAGUGAAUAAAUUUGAGUACUUUUGAUGAAAACAUGUCUAACUAAAUGUUUUUAAUCUAAAGAAAUGGAUGACUUUUUAAACGUUUACGACAUACUCACAACUUUCGAAGCGUUCGUUAGGAAACACCGAUUCUUACAUGGAAUAAAAAAAGAUAGAAAUUUUUCAAAAAAAUAUUGUAAUGUUUUUGAAGACAAUUUUAUGGUUAAAGGAAUAUUAAAAACUGUUGCGUUUAUUAAGCUUGGAUUGAACGCAUCGAGAAUUUUUUGCUGGUGGAAUCCACUGAAUUAUAGUUUCGCCUUUACGGCUCUAGUUUUCUCCUUUGCUUCCAUGCCCUUCAUAUAUAUUUACUGUAACUCUUAUUUCACGUGAUUAAUCUAAUUCAGGUGGUCUCAACAGCUAUAAUUGAUAAACCUAUAUACUGACAGCAGCUUGAAAAGCAGAGAAUAGUAAAUCAGAUUGAAUAGGGAAGGAAACGAAUGAUGUCAAGUCAAAUACCUAGAUGUUAUUGAAUAAUCCAAAAUAAGCAAAAUAAAUCAAUUAUUCUCGAAAACCUUUUUCAAAUUAGCGAUAUCUAACAAUGAGAAACUCUGUUUGUUUACUGUUUCUGUUGAAUACU